CCCUCUUUCUGCUGUCAGACCUAUUUUUUUUAACAGUCUAUGUGUUAGACACGCUCAUCUUUCCAGAUUAUAGAUGAUGUUUUUAAAACCGUGAAACCCAAGCUCGUUUGGAAAUCAAGGUAAAGGGUGAUAUUUUGUUGUUGUUGUCGUAUGUUUACAUCUGAUUAAGUCGGCUGCAAGCAACACUUGAUACUAUGAUAUAUGAUAGAGUAUCGUAGAUUAUUAUUGUUGUUUUGUUGGUCAUCACCUGAAUUUAAGAUAUCGAUAUGAAUUUGUUUAUUGUACGAGUUUUUAUUUUUUUUAUUUUAUUUUUUACGGUAUAUGUCUUAAAUGUUUUGUUUUGCUACACCCGAGGUACUGUAGCAGCGUUGUGUGUUUCCAUGGUGACGGUGCGUGGACGCGCAUUCUUGCCUUGCACUGAAUGAUCUGACUCCGGUUUAUAAACAGUUGAACACGUGUUUGCGGGGUGCAUAUAAAAUUACAGUUAAAUUAAAGUAAUACAAUUUUAAAUAUUGAAAACUAGUCUUACAGGACAACAAACCACUGUGAAGACUGAGGUAAAAUGAGAAUGUCAGAUUUCUGGGACAGCUAAAUCUUUAUAUUUCAAAGAGGCAGUGAAUUUUUAUUUCAAAUAUAAAUGCUCCUCUUCCUUUUAUCAUAGUUAUGCAUAUUUCCAACCACAUUUGGUUAUAGAAUAGUGGUCAAGGUCUCAGGCUUUUGAUACUGGUACACAUCCCUAUGUCUGGGAUGGAGCUCCAGCAGGACGAAAGUGAGCAUGUCCACAUGAAUCAUGGCCUCAGGAGACAGACAAGUGCUGAGAUAGUGUCAGAGGCCCGUCGCUCUCUCAGAACUCUUGCCACACAGCGACCUUUCACACCUCAGGAGAAGCAUAGGAAGCUCUUUGGGGAAUCCUCUUCUCGUGCACAUGAUGGACGACCACCAUCUGCAUUCAGUCUUCAAGGCCGCCAUUUUGAAGUUCCUGACUCCAGGCCUGGCUCUGGAACUCGUCUCAGCCCACUGGAACAUAAACCUAGGCUGUCUGUGUCCCUGGAUGAGUGCGGUGACAAUGAAGCAACUCUCCCCAAACCCCCAGCUGAACGAGGGAAUACCAGGACUGGAUCAGGAGGUUCUCGUGCCAGACUGCUUAGAGCAGCAUCCACCCACCGACUGCCCUUCAUGACACCACACACAAAGAAUAUGUCUCAAAAGGCAAGGAUCGAAGUAGACCAACCAGAUGACAGAGAAAAGCUACAUUUUGCUGAUGUCACAGAGCAUAAAACAAAAUCGUCCUCCGAAACUGACCUGCACACACUUAUCAAACACAGCAGGAUCCCGCAAACUGAUGUAUCCACUGAAAGAGAAUCAAAACCAGAAGCCAGGCUUGGGUAUGGAGACACUUGUGAUGACAACAUGGACGAAUCUGUUUUCUGGAACACUAAGGUCCUUCCUGUCCUUCAAGAAUUUGAGUCCUUUGCCCCAGGUGAUGGCGUGUCAGAUGAGAUUGUGGGACAGCUGUGUAACUCAUGCAAUGGUCUCCAUGACGCCCUAGCGGAGAGAGACAUGCUGGGAAGGCAGUGUAAAAAGAGGUCCGCCAUCCUCAGAACACUCUUCAGACUUAUAGAUGUGGGAUCGGACCGACUUAACUUAACAUUAGCUAAACUUAUUCUGGCACUCAAUGUGAGUGGAAACAACUUGCUGAACAUCUGCAAACUCAUCUUCAAAAUCAGCCGGAAUGCUAGUAACGACGUCAUGUUCCUCACCGACUCCAUCCUAGACUCCCUUCUGUGUCAGCUACAGUGUGAGGAUGUGUGGAGUAAAGGUGAGGCCGUGCUGUACUGUGUCGGCUCACUGAAGCUCCUCUCAGGAAACAGUGCCAUCUCCAGUCUGCUGCUGGCUAAAGACUUCAUCGGCACACUGCUACAGCUGUCAAAGAGACUGAUGCAUGGCCCAUUUACAAUUUCAGCUAAUUUAACUACACAGAGGUCAGAGGGAGAAGGCCAGCGUAUCAUCGCAGGACACAUACUGGUACAGGUCACUGCAGCUUUGAGAAAUAUAGCUGACCAGUCUGAGUCUCGGCCUUCCUUCCUGUCCAACAAGGCAUUCUUUACUCUUUGCUUGAUUCUGGAGAACCAUCGUAAUGACCUCGACAUCUGCAUUAAUGUGGCCCGAAUAUUCAGCAAGCUGUCCACCUACACUGAAUGCUGUCAUGCACUAGCUGAGACGCCACACUGCUGCAGCCUAUUUUUGGACCUUCUAGGCAAACACAGCAGGAAACAGGAUUUAGUAGUGCGUAUCCUGUUCACGCUAGGAAAUCUGACAUCCAAGAGCAAUGAAGCCAGAGAGAGAGUUUAUGAAGAGGAAGGAGGGAUAGAUGUCCUCUUAGAUCUUUUCCAGUCCUACCAGGAAACACUAUCGUCAUCUGAACAAUGUCAUGCCCCUGAGAAAGAGGACAUCCUGGUCAAACUGAUCAGACUGCUGGCCAACCUGGCCAUCCAUCCCACCGUGGGCACGGCACUAGCUGCCAACACACUGUGUGUGCAGCUGCUACUGGAACUACUGGGGUGCAGGUGUGUGAAGAAGAGUGAAGAGUUAGUGAUUAAUGCUGUGGCCACCAUCAACAACCUGUCUUACUAUCAGGGUGAAAGCUCUGUGGUCCGUUCCCAGCACACACAGAUCUCACAGUUGCUACUAAAGCUCCUGCUGAGCUCCAGUAUGGAUGCUGUUUUGGAGGCCACGCGUGUUUUUGGAAAUCUGUCGCAGAUCAGAGAAGUGAGACACUUCAUCAUGCAGCACAAAGUGGAACAGUUUGUGGUAACCCUUCUGGACUCCAAGACCCCUGAUGUGUGUUUCUCUGCAUGUGGAGUUCUCAUCAACUUAUCUGCAGACCCAGACAACAGGGCCGCACUGAGGGUCGAGGGAACCAUUCUGAAGCUUAUUGACUGUUUACGUGAUUUCGGGCCUCGGGACUGGCAUCUGGCCGCUGUGCUGUGUCAGACUCUGUGGAACUUCUGUUUAGAUGGAGAGCUGCAACACUCUCAAAAGCUGCUGGAGAUCUUACAGCUCUACACAGACAGAGGAGCUUUGCAAUGGCCUUCUGAUGAUGGAGUCAGACAGGUUCAGGAAGCAUGCUGGGAGCUGCUCUUUUUGCCUGUUGCUGAGAGGCUAAGACAACGUUUACAUAUUGAAGACACUACUGGAAUCAUUCCAGUAAACUCCACUGAUACAGUAUGUACACAUUGAGGGGUGAGACAGUGUGUAUAUUGAACAUAUUAGUUGAAUGGUAAUAAGGAAUUUGUCAAUUACGACCAACAUAUUUAUUUAAUGAAAUACAUGUCAGAUGUUUAUUAUUCAACCUGAUGCUGCUCUAUUUACAAUAGCUGAAAUAGCAGAAAGCAAGUCUAUGUGUAAAGAAGGCCACACUGAUGUACUGUGCGUGUAAAAAUCACUCAUGAGCUUCUCAGUGAUCUCAAAGACUUUAUUAAACAGACACUUCCAGAAAAGUCUGUAAAGAACACCGAGUAGAAACAGUCAUACCUUCCUAAUACAAUCACAUCAAACUGAUAUAAUAUGGCACUUGCUUCCCUCCUCUUACCCUGAUGGUUACACUUUACAGCUAGUCUAUACAUUAAUAUUGUUUAAACAGCUGCCAUAGAGAUGACAUGCUUAAAAACCAAUGACGAAAACAUGAUUUUGUGAAUUUUAUUGGAAUUACAAUGUGAUUUGAACUUUUUCCUAUUAAUGUUCAGUGUGUAAAGUCUAAAGCAAUUUAACUGACAAUCGCUAAAGGAUUUUUUUUUUUAGAAAAGAGCAGGGUAUUUCAUUGUUUUCUAGACUUCUCACAUUAUUAUUUGAAAAUGAGCAACAACUACCAUAUGGUGAUUUCCACACAACGAUCCUUUACUGGCACUGAAUGGCCACCAUCCUCACAGCCACAGAUAAAACAGGGAAAUUACCAGCAACAUAAGGGGACAUUUCAUUAUUUAUGCAAACAGGGAUUGUUCUCAGGUCAACAGUUACUUCCUGUAAUCCUCGCAGUGAGAAGAUGAAUUGCCGCCUUCAAAGUUGUGUGUUUAAAUCAUUAGUGCACAGCAGGAGAUGUUUUUCUAUAGGCCUUAGUGUCUCUGUGAUGAUGUACUGUGCUACAAGGGUCUUUGUAGAUGAGUAGAUGUUUAUGGACAUGAAAACAUUGAUUAUGUGACCUAAAAGCUACAUCAUUGAUACUUUAAAGCGUGUUAUUUUCUUUAUAAGCAAAAACACAAGAAUAAGAAGACCUUCAAUUCUUGUGGUAUGAGGUGUUUAGACUGCUCAAAUCAUUUUUGUUGCAAUUAAUACUGAAUGACAAUGUUUUCUUGGUGUAAUGUAUCAUCGUAAUGCGACUUUCUGGGAAGAAAGAAAACGUUUGAUUAAAUUACAAAUGAUACAACCAGUGAAAUACCAUGUUUUAUUUUUUUUUUAAUCAAAUAUUCUCUUAUAAAAGGGUCAGUAAUUGACAUAAGUCUCUCAAGUCUGACUUAAAACCCUCCUCAUUUCAAUUUCCAAUGGAAAAAGUACCAUCCCUCUAGUCCUGCCAUCAUCAGAAUGCAGUACUUAACUGGUUUUAGUAAACAAAUAAAGACAGCAGAGAAUCCACCCCGCUUGAAAAGAAAACACACGCGCACACACACUCGAAACAAAACUGCUUAGUUACACUGAUUGAAGUUCUAAGAAUGAGAACAAGCAUAGUUUAACCCCACAACUGUGAAGUCAUGUGGGUUGCCUGGUUCUUAGCGUCUAGAUCUGUACAGAUUGUAGCCUACGACAGGCAGCCACUUAAGACAAAGUUUUGCUCACCAGACAGCACUUAGUUAUUUAAGGAUACAUAACAGGAGGUAUUUGGUUAUAAUAAA